UCUCAAUUUCCCGCAUUUCUUCUAAAUUACCAACAACAAAACAAAAUGAGCCUCGGUCUGUUGCGCACACUGGCCCGCCCCACGCUGGCCCGUCUUCCUUCGGUAGCUUGCAUGAGCUCGGCGGCGGCACGGAGUUCGCUGGGCACCAACGUGCAUUUCACCGAAAAGCUCUCGGACGGCAGCAUAUUCGUGUCGCGUGUGCCCAAGCAGAUGCCUGAGAUUAGCGAGGCCGAUCUGCCCCCUCUGCUGCGCAAGUACACACCGGUCGAGCGGAAACCGCUGACGAACGAGCUGAAGCAUGCUGUGCGCACACUGCGUAACGAGGACCCGAAGCACUGGACGGUGUCGAAGCUGGCGAAGAAGUUUGAUCUGCCGCCGCAGGCCGUGCUGAUGGUUGCGCCGGCUCCCAAAUGGCGCCGCGAGGAGAUGCAGCAGGAGGCCGACCAGCAGUGGCAGGGACUUGGAUACAAGAAGCGGCUGAUCCGCAUUAACCGGCUGCGCCGCCGUCUGCUGUGGUAACAACCGGAUCAGGCAGAUUAUCAAAAUAAAUCUACGAAUUUACGGGUUGCUGGUACCGGGCCCAUGUGCAAGGGGGACGGGCUUUGAUGCUGGCGGAGAUUGGCGCCCGUGGGAACAUGCGCUG